ACAAGCCCAUAUCGCACCAACAGAGUCCAGGGCUCCCCCAAGCCGCCCCACUCCGCCCCUUUCUACCCAAACCCCAACCCAACCCCUGCUCGCCCGCUCGCUCGCCGCCGGCCGCCGCCCCGCACCUGCGCCGACCCCCGCACCCGCCGCGCACCGACCCCAUGGGGGAUCCCUACCGCCCAUACGUCCCGUCCUCCUCUCACGACAGAGUUCCACUGGGCAGUUAUCCUGGGUAUGUUCCACCUGAGGAAUCAUCCUAUUAUGCUUCAAAAAUGGCUGCUCUGCGAGGAGUACCAAAUAUACCUAGAGUUGAUGUACCAUUGCAGUCAAGAGCUUAUGGUUUGGAUGUUCCAACUGGCGUGAGCCAUCCUGCUUAUGGUUUGGAUGUUCCAGCAGGCGUGAGCCAUCCUGCUUAUGGUUUGGAUAUUCAAGCAGGCGUGAGCCAUCCUGCUUAUGGUUUGGAUGUUCCAGCAGGCGUGAGCCAUCCUGCUUAUGGUUUGGAUGUUCCAGCAGGCGUGAGCCAUCCUGCUUUGGUUGGCUUGGGUGGACUGCCAGCUGGAGCUAGGCCGCAGGGACCUAGCCCUUUGGAAGACCCAGCUUUAGUCCAGAGAAGUUCUUCACUUGGCAAAAGUGUCAGUAUUCCUGAAGUUGAGCGCCCCAAACCCCUUUUGAUGCCAUCAGAAGAUGAAUCCAACAUUCUUUUUGUUGAUGGUCUGCCAACUGAUUGCACCAGGAGAGAAGUAGCUCAUUUGUUCCGUCCUUUCGUUGGCUUCAAGGACCUCAGACUUGUGCACAAGGAGCCCAGACGUAGUGGUGACAAGGCUUAUGCUCUGUGCUUUGUGGAGUUCAGUGACGCAAAAUGUGCAGGGACUGCUAUGGAGGCUCUCCAAGGAUACCGCAUCGACGAGAGGAAGGCCGACGGCCCGUUCCUUAAGAUCCAGUUUGCAAGGUUCCCGUUCCGACCUCCGCCAGCCAAUGAAGAGCGGAAACGCCCUAGCGCUCGUUGAUCACCGUCAUCUAUAUAUCUUCCCCUUUGCCAGCAGUGUAUUGUAGGCAGUGGGCCAUUGUAGAUCAGCUAUGUUCAGACUGUGGUAGCAACCUGUGAUGGGCCUUUUGUCAGUUGGAGGUUGGCUUGCUGGACAGGCUCGUCUGACACCUACCUGCCUUACUUGGCACAUUCGCCGUGUUCCCGCGUCGCAUUUUUCGCGGGUGGAUAUGUUGGGAAUGUUAUGCAUAAACCGUUACUGUCUUUGCAACUCCAGUGGCAGCAGUAGAGUACAAUCUGGCUGAUGUCCUGGGCUUGCCACUAGUGAUGCUGGAGAGUGGCAUCUUGUAGCCGGAGCCUGAUACAGCCACCACAGGCCAGAGCUGUCAAUUGGGGACAGGAACCACAAGAGACAAGAUGCUCAGGUCCGCUGGACUUACCGUUGAUUUUGCCGUGGAAUGUGAGCGCUUGAGACGAAGGCGGGACGUCGACGGUGGUGACAAGUGCCCGCCUGUCGUACGCGUUCACCUUCGCUCUCGCAACGGUUUUUUCUGCUGGAGCUUCCCGAAGGAGGCUGACUGGCGACCUGGUUUGGGGUUUUCAGAGAAAUCCCUGUCGUGUGGGUUAGCCAUUGGAUUGUGAAUAUAUGUAUUAUCGUGUUUUCUCU